AUGUGUUGCACAAUAAAACGUAUUAAAAAUUUUCCAGUGAUAACUGCAGCCGAAGAAGGAAGAAGUAUGCAACAAGGUACAAAAACAUAUAAAUCCAGUUAUAAUGAGAUUAAUAACUAA